AUGUCGACAGAGGUAGCGGUAAACGAGUCGGUGAGUAUGGGUGAAUCGCCAUCAAAAAAGUCACCAGUAAGUAAGAAGCGUCGAGGUAAGACAAAGGCAGAAAAGAUGGCCUCAAAUCAUCCUCCCUAUGGUGAUAUGAUAAAAUCAGCGAUUAUUCACUUGAACGAUAGCAAGGGGUCGAGUCGAGCUGCCGUUCUCAAAUAUAUCAUUCAAACCUAUUCACUUGGCGACAAUUUAGCUGCAAUAAAUGCUCAUCUUCGACUCGGACUUAAACGUGGUGUUGCGUCGGGAAUGUUGAAGCAAGUAAAAGGAACUGGCGCAUCUGGUUCAUUUAAAUUGUCGGAAAGUAAAAGCGAUUCGAAAAGCAAAAAGAACGCCGAGAAGAAACCCGCUGUUGCCACGGUGAAGAAAUCUUCACCGAAGAAAGUUACAGCAAAACCUAAAAAAAAGGCAAAUAAUUCUCAGGAAAUAUUAAAAGAAUUUAUUAUUCAUCAUCAUUUAUUAUUUAUAGAAAGAAUGAAAAUCACGAAGACAAAGAUUACAAAAAGUCCGCCAAAGAAAGUCGAAAAAACGAAACCAAAGAAGGCAACAGCGUCUGCGACACCUUCAGCACCUGUCGCCGAUUCUGCGAAGCCGAAAACAACGGCAACAAACAAGAAAUCAAAAGCAACGAAAAAGGCAACACACAAAGGCAAGAAAGCGGCUGCAUAA